AUGUCAAGUUCUUCGUCUGUUAAUGAUUUAAAAGAAGAAGUUUUGUUUUUUCGUAACGAGACAUUUUACAGUUUCGUUAAAGAAAAUUGUGGUGAUAUUGUUCUCGAGAUUAUGCAAGCUCAAGAUAUUUCGUCGGUCGACUGUCUUCUUGAUGUGGGCAACAUCUUUACAUUUCUAGAACUCGACUCAAAUGAGCUGGUACAAUUAAAAAAGAAAGCAGGAAUAAUACUUAAUGAUGGUAGUUUUGUCGUAAAGAAAGGAAUUUUACACAAAGUAGAGAUAUUUACUCGCACUCUUCGUGUUCUUAAUCAACAACAUUCAACUUCUUCGCUAUCUCGUUUAAACAACUCUUCUGAUUUAAUUAUUCCUGAAGAUCUUGUUCAAAAGUUUCCAUUUCUUGUAACUCUUAUCACCUAUUCAAAUUUCAUUAUGAAAAGCAAAAUUGAUUUUACAUUUUUUAAUCUAAUGAUGACUAAUAUAAUAAAAAACUCAAUAAAGGAAGAUACAGGCUACCGCUAUGAUAGUAUUGUUCGCCAGUUCGCCUCCGCUUUAUAUAUUCUUGGAGGUCGUACAGCAUACGAAUUCGUUCGCGUAAACAUUCCUGCAUUUCUACCUAGCAUACAAUCUAUUCAAUCGUCCAUCGCUUCAUCAGAAAAUUACCUCACGGAAGGACACUUUGAUUUUAAUCGCGUUAGCGAUUAUUUCAAUUCGAAAAAAGCAACAUUAGCAUUUUGUGCUGAAGAUUGUACAGCGACUGUUUCGAAAGUAAUAUACGAUACACAAACGAAUACAUUUGUCGGCUUCUCUUUGCCACUUGAGCAAAACGGAUUGCCUAUCGCCAAGUCAUAUUCAACUGACUCGUUUACUUGUUUAGAAAAUUGGUAUUUGAAUGAACCUAUGGCAAAAUCAUUAGUUGCUCAUCUAUUUCAGCCACUUUCGUCUUCACUUGAAAAUAUAUCACCUUGUCUUCUUGCAGCGUAUGGAACAAAUAAUAAAUUUAAAUCGUCAGACGUUAUUGCUCGGUGGGGUUAUAUCUAUCGUCAAUGUAAAGCUAAAGGCGUUCGUGUUAUAGGCUACUCAAGUGACUGCGAUAGUCGCUAUUUAAAUGCAAUGAAACGAUCUCUCGGAUUUUUUGGCGAUUUCGCUUAUAAUAAUCAUCCAGAUAACUAUGAAAUUAAUAUUCCAAAUAAAUGGAAUUGGUUUCUAAUGCAGAGCAAACAAUUGUUCAUUUGUAUGCAAGACUCCAUGCAUAUUUGUACUAAACUACGUAAUAGACUUCUUUCGAAAACAACAACACUCGUUUUCGGUGAUCAACUCAUCAAUAUUCAACCACUAUAUUAUAUAAUUGAUAAUUUUUGUAAACUCGACCACGGACUUGUUUAA